AUGGCGAGCGUUCAACAAGGAGAGAAACAGCUUUUUGAGAAGUUCUGGCGAGGAACCUUUAAAGCCGUGGCCACCCCGCGUCCCGAGAGCAUCAUUGUCGCCAGUAUCACGGCCCGCAAGCCGCUGCCAAGGACAGAACCCCAGAGCAGCCCCAUGGUCCCAGCUCAGGAUGGACCCUCGGAAAAGCUGAGUCAGCCUCUGGCCACUGAGGUCUUGGGCUCCAACAGCUGGGAGAGAGGCAAAGCCUGCCGGGAGGCCAGUCCUGCCAGAGCACACGGUGCCUCCCAAGGCAAAGACUUGACGCCACCCCCUUCCUCCAGGGGGAAGAAGAAAAAGAAGAAAGCUACCCGGAAGAAGAGAAGGAGGUCCCCAUCAUAUAGCCCAUCGCCUGUCAAGAAAAAGAAGAAGAAAAGUUCCAAAAAACAUAAGAGACACAGGUCGCUCUCCAAGAAGAGAAGGCACAGCUCCUCCAGCCCAAAAAACAAAAGAAGGGAAGAGAAGAGGCACAAAAAACAAUCACGAAGCCGGCCCCGAAAGUCUCACCGCCACCGUCAUCACCACUGCCCCUCGCGGUCCCAGAGUUCGGAGUCCCGCUCCUCAAGCUGUGACAGCAGGCACCGUGGCCAGUCCCCCGAGGAAGGGCGGAAGUCCCGCCGAAGGCACUCUCGCCGCUGCUCCAAGACCUUCUGCAAGGCCAGCCCUGAGGCCCGGUCCAGCCCCCCGCCCAGCCAGCCCCUCCAGAUGCUCAGCUUCCUGUCGGCCAGGGGUGUAAUCGCUGGGUCGGGGUCUGCUGCUGACCUCUUUACCAAAACAGCCAGCCUGCUCACCACCUACCGAGGACGCUCCCAGGAGUAUGACUCAGGCAAUGACACCUCCUCGCCACCCUCCAUGCAGAUCAGCUCGGCCAGGUCUCGGGGUCCGGAGAAGGGGAGCCCCACUGGGGGCCUAAGCAAGAGCCGGGACCCCAACAGCGGCAACACCUCUGAUUCAGGGAACUCCUUCACCACCUCCUCACCCCAGAACAAGGGGGCCACUUUGGAGAAUCUCUCCCCCACCAGCAGGGGCAGAGAGUCAAGAGGAUUCCAGUCGCCAUGUCUGGAAUGCACCGAGGUGAAGAAGUCCAGUUUGGUCCCAUCCGCAGCCCGGAGCUCCCCCAUGCGAGGGUGCUCCCGCAGCUCCUCCUGUGCCAGCACCCACCCCUCCAGCCACUCGUCCCGAUCCCCAAACCCCAGGGCCUCCCCCAGGUACACCAGGAGCCGAUCCACCUCCUCUGGGAAAAGGUCCUCCUCCCGCUCUCCCAGCUAUUCCUCCAGCUCUGGCAAGAGGAGCCCGCCUAGCAGAAGCUCUAGGUCCCGCCGCAGCCCCAGCUACUCCCGCUACAGUCCCAGCAGGGAGCGGGACCCCAAGUACAGCGAGAAGGGUUCGCAGCAGCGGGAGCGCGAGCGAGCGCGGCGGAGACGUCGGUCCUACUCGCCCAUGCGGAAGCGCCGGAGAGACUCCCCGAGCCACCUGGAGGCGCGGAGGAUAACGAGUGCCCGGAAACGCCCCAUCCCCUACUACCGGCCCAGCCCCUCUUCGUCCAGCGGCCUCAGCAGCGCGUCCUCCUGGUACAGCCGCUCAGCCAGCCGAAGCUCUUCCCGGAGCCCGAGCCGCAGCCGCAGCCGCAGCCGCAGCCGUAGCCGCAGCCGCAGCCGGACCCACACUAGCAGCAGCUGCAGCUCCCGCAGCCCCAGCCUGGGCUCUCGGAGCCGGAGCCGGAGCCGGAGCCGGAGCCGGAGCUACAGCUCAGCAGACAGCUACUCCAGCACAAGGCGCUAAGCAAAGGCCCUCCCUUGAGCCAGCUGCCUGUGGUGCCCCUUUCACUCUGCCAGCCUCCCCCACUCCCUGCCCACCCUGCCUUCUCCUUGGUACAGACUUUGAGGGCUCCUGAGCCCUGUCCUUCCUGCUCUCCUGGGGGCGGGAGGAAAAGAGGGUAUGGGGGCUUCAGCCUCUAUGUCGAGCUCCCAGGAACCUCCGCCACACCACCCUGGGGCUCAACUCAGGCCUGAGCAUAUGGAGUGAACCACCUUCUGUUGACACAGAGAAACCUCAAAGGAAUUUUGCCAGGCUGGGGCACAGCAGCUCAGGUUUGGGGGAAAAGAUCCAAAUCCAGAGAGUCUGGGGGAAAGGGGCUUGGAUGCUCCACAGCUCCACUGGUUUCCGGAGUUUCGUACCAGCUCGGGAAAGCCCCACCUUCAUUUCUGCCCUCGCCCCACUCCCCCGCCCAGGGCUGGGCAGCGAGGCCCGUGGGUCCAGAAACUGCCCUGCAGCCAACCGGAAAGUCCUUCCUCCACUGGGAGAGCGGGGCCAGGCGCCAGGGCGGCAGUGGAGGACCUGGCCUUUCCACGAUGCCCUCUGGCCCAGACCUGGGCCCCGCCCGCCAAGACUAAUGGAUGCCAGUGCUAUCACCGCAGAAGGCCUGAUGGCAGGUGCCCUGGGAGGGCAUGUACAGCAACUGUAGAUAACCUUCUUCCCCGCCCAGGAGUCCAGACUGGACGCCAGUCUCCAUUGGAGACAAAGGCUUUCUGGAGCCACAGAACCUCCUUAGCAGGACAGCAGUGAGAGACCCAAGAGCCGGCCCCCCGGUCCAGACUGCCUUCAUUCAAGCAACUCUAGGGGGUCAUUUUGCCGGGGGCUCCUAGCAAACCUCUUAUUUAUCUUAUUUAUUUAUUUAUGGUUAUUUAUUUAUUUAUUUAUGGGAUUCUCGCUCUCUCAGUUGCCGUUAGCAGUA